CGGUGAGCUGUCUGCGGGAGGUGGAGUGGGUGGCUGCCGGCCGAGCGAGUACCGGGGCUCGGACGGGUAGAUUAAUGGCAACGGGCUGUGGGCUGGGCCUCGCCGGUACGGAGACGUGAGGCGGUGCAGCAAGGAGCGGAUUUUCACUAUCGGUGGUACUUUGCAUGUAUACACGAAAAGGUUCUUGAUAAGUGUACUUCCAUCUCAAUGAGAAAAGAAGCAGUGCUCAAUCCAGGGGAAUGAAGUCCGGUUCAAAGUCAAAAAGCUGUGUUGAAUAUAGUUGAAGCACUUCAAACAUGCCAAAGGAGCCAGAGAAACCACAAGAAGAUGACGGGGAGGAAAAACCUAUGAGCGCACAUCAUAGCAGGCAGGGUGAUUCAGAAGCCGAAAAUCUGCAUCAUCAAACGAGCCAAGGGACUGAAAUCUCCCGCAAAGAAAGCACUCUUCAUUCUGUUUCUCCUAGCCUGGCAUCUGUAGAGGAGCUAAUCGAGACAGAAAAGGGCAUUUAUAACAUGGCUCUAGCCCAUGAGAUAGUAGUUAAUGAAAGCUUUGAAAUCAAAAAGCGGGACCUACCAGAGAACAGUUUUCAGAAGACAAUUGAAGGAAUUGUGAAGAAAGCUUUUUGGGAUUGUUUAGAAGCUCAGCUAAAUGAGGAUCCACCAGUUUAUGACCAUGCAAUCAAGCUUCUAGGUGAGAUUAAAGAGACUCUGCUCUCAUUCUUGUUGCCUGGUCAUACCAGGCUGAGGAACCAAAUCAACGAAGUUCUGGAUCUGGACCUCAUAAAACAGGAGGCUGAGAAUGGAGCAUUGAACAUCCCAAAACUAGCUGACUUCAUCAUUGGGAUGAUGGGAACACUCUGCGCCCCUAUCAGGGAUGAUGACAUCAAGCUCCUCAGGGACGUCUCUGAUGUGGUGCCACUAUUCAGGGAGAUUUUUGCUGUGCUGGACUUAAUGAAGCUCGACAUGGUGAAUGUUACCAUUAGCCGCAGUCGACCGCACUUAAUGAAGCAGUCUGUUGAUUACGAGCGAAAAUGUUUCCAGGAGUUCCUUGAUAAGCAACGUGGUUCACUGGAGAUCACAACAGAGUGGCUGCAAGAGGCUGUGAGUGAAGUUCUGGGUCCUAAUACUUCUGUGCUUGACGGAGCCACAGCCGCCGCCACAGACGUUUCAGCUUUGGGCCCUUCCUUGGUGUUAAAUCAUGCCUAUGUUAAAUUACUGAAAUGGGAUCAUGGCAGCAAACUCUUCCCGGAGACUGUACUGAUGGACGAGUCCCGGUUCAUGGAGAUGCAGAGAGAGCUGAAUCAGCUGACCAUUAUUGCAGCUGCCCUGCUGGUUAUAUACAACAUGACCGGUGCUGCCAUUUCAGGGCUCUCGGGCUUCCUGGACAGACUGAAGGGGAUCAUUAAAGUCUUACUGACAGGCAUGCAUACGCAUUCCUUCCACCUUGCUGAGGCCAUGACCAGCAUGAGUGAGCAGAUGUGUGUGGAAGUGAACCACUGCUUAACUGAACACGGUUUCCCACUACUACCUACUGAAAAAGAGAUGGUAUUGAAAGGUCAAAUCCAGGCCAUAGCUAGUCCGGAUAACUCUGUUCGCAAAUUAAUAGAUUCACGAAUUCAGACUUUUCUGAAGAUGCAUCUCAUGUCAAGCAAUCCAAAAUCCGUUUCAGUCCCUGGAGGGCUUAGCCCCAUUAGAGCAGAACUGGAAAAGAUAACAGUUAAAUUUCUUCACCUGGUAAACUAUAACAAGAUGGUCUUCAGUCCUUAUUAUGACACUAUCCUGGCUAAAGUGCUCCAGAGAAAUGAGACACAACUUCCUGGGAUGGGUGAGAAGGAGCAAUGAUCAUGAAAUCUAAAGCAUUGCACACUGAGCAACAAAAUCUUUCCAUUUGUCUGUUUCUCCACAGCUGAUUUCAUUCUCUUUAUGGUUUGGGAAGGGAAAGUUGUGAAGAAAUAGCUGGUUUUGGGGUAAUCUGAGGCUUGGGGUGAGGGGGAGUAUCUAGCUGAGCUUUGGUGUUUGUGUACAAUAGGGAUGGUGCUCUUUAAGUACAGAUCCAAUUCUCUUCUGAGAUACUCAUUUAAAAUAUUUCUUCUCCAAAGCUUGUCUCCAUUCCCCUCCCCCAUCCCCAAAACUCAGAUUUAAAACACCUUGAAAGUUUUCACUAAUUAGAGGUGUUGUGACUAAUUGGUGAAUAAUUAAUUAAUAGAAAGAGCAGCCCUUGGCAUUGGUUAGUUUGGGCAGAUGCCAUGAUCUGGUGAUGCAUACCAGACAAUGCAAGAGGCUCACUGCAGAUCCCUGGGCAGUGCUUGUGUCUUUGGUGACUACUGGUGCUAGUUGGUGUGGUCUGAGAGUAGGAACCCCCAUCUUUGAUGAGCUCUUGCAUAAUGAGAAGUGAAGCUCCUCUUUUUGAUGCAUCUAUUUAAUUGAACUGUAAUCAGCAGAAAACCUCCCUGCGGCAGCAAGAAUGUCUUUGAUGAUACAACUCUUAUUUCUAGAGUGUAACUACAACCCUUCAAGCCUCUUCAUCCCACCCCAUAUUCAGGUCAAGAGUUAUCAACAUUUCAUUAAUUUAUCUAGAUUUCCAACCUCUUGUCAUCCUUGGUUCAAAUCCAAUCCAGAAAACCUUCAAAUACGAUAUUCUUAUUGUGAAAUUAGAAAGACCACUUACACUACAGUUAUGCCCGAGUUGGAAGCGUAAAAUGGAUAUUCAUGUACCAUUCAACCUAGCUUGUUGCUUAAAUCCAUAGGGAAUAUUUUAAUCCUUCUCUUUUGUGGUAGUUUGAGAUACACUAUUUAAAAAAAAUGGAACCAAAUGUUUUUUUUCUUAUUUAUAUAUUUGAAAGUCUAAAAAGCCAACACGAAAAUGGAUUAUUUUUGGAGCACUGUAGAAACGGUUUAAAAUGAGGAUAUUGCUUUGAUUUGCUUUUAUGCACAUUACUAAUUACUAAAUACAGUCAUCUUUAUUUAAAUGAAAGCAUUUGAAACAUGGUGGCUCUAAACUCAGUAUUUUCCUCACUGCUGUUUGUGAUCUAGUAUCAUUGCUUGCUUGCUUGCUGAGCAUUCAUUAUGCUUGCCUCUUGUGUACUGUUAUAGACUGGCAAUGGAAAUGGCAUAUAUUGUACUGACUACAAGUUGUACUUUACUGGUGUAAAUACUAGUAACUUAUUUUGUAAAACUUGACAAUGGUCACUGAUUUUUUUUUCAGCUGCAUGUUUCCAGAAUUUUGCAGUGUACAGUAGUGAUAAUGUAUAGUAUUUAAACAAAAAAUGUAUUCUGGUGUAAUAAAGGUACAUUGAGUGGCAGUAGUUGUUUUAUAAAGAAACAACAGUAGGUAUUAAUAUGUUUAUACAAGUGAUGCACUGUGGUUCUGACCGCAAGUGUUUGUGUUGAUGACUACAUUCAGGAAUGC